AUGCUUAGAAGAGCCUUUUCCACAGACAUUAGAAGCACCCUCAAGGCUGCUAUCCCAAAGAGAGUUGAGCAGCUCCAGGCUCUCAGAAAAUCCGAAGCCAGCCUAGGUGAGCUGACCGUUGGUGCCACCAUCGGUGGUAUGAGAGGUUACAAGGCCUUGUUCUGGCAGAGUUCCCAGGUCGAUGCCGACCUUGGUGUCACCUUCCACGGCAAGACCAUCAGCGACUGUCAAGGCUUCUUGCCAAAGUGCAAGGACGAGCUGAACGACCCAAACUCUGAGUUCUUGCCAGAGUCCAUGUUCUGGUUCUUGCUGACCGGCUCUGAGCCAACCCAGCAACAGAUUGACACUUUCAGCGCCGAGAUUGCUUCCAAGUCCACCUUGCCAGACUACCUCAUCAAGGUGCUGGACAGCUUGCCAACCACGCUUCACCCAAUGACUCAGUUGUCCAUUGCCAUCUCUGCGUUGAACAACGAUUCCCAGUUCGCCAGAGCAUACGAGAAGGGUAUUCCAAAGUCAGACUACUGGGAGUACACUUUGGAGGACUCCAUCAACUUGAUCGCCAAGUUGCCUGGUGUCAUUGGUAAGAUCUACUCCAACACCUACUUUGGUGGUAAGACCCUUGGUGAGCUCGACACAAAGUCCAAGGACUGGUCCCACAACAUGGCCACGGUGUUGGGUUACACACAGGACUCCGCUAACGUGAAGAACUUGACUGCCGCGCAGUCACAAGACUUCAUCAACCUGAUCAGAUUGUACUGCGCUCUCCACGCUGACCACGAGGGCGGUAACGUCAGUGCCCACGCCACCCACUUGGUUGGUUCUGCGCUGAGUGACGCUUACCUCAGUUACAGUUCUGGUGUCCAAGGUUUGGCUGGGCCAUUGCACGGAUUGGCGGCCCAGGAGGUUGUCCGUUUCAUCGUGGAGAUGAAGAAGAACGUGACCGACAUCAACGACAAGAAGCAGAUCGAGGACUACCUGUGGUCACUGCUUAACUCCAAGCGGGUCAUUCCUGGCUAUGGCCACGGUGUGCUCCGUAAACCUGAUCCGCGUUUCAAGGCCAUGAUGCAGUUCGGGUUCAACAGACCAGAGGAGUUCCAAAACGACGACUACUUCCAGCUGGUCAACAACUUGAGCAACAUCGCCCCAGGUGUCUUGAAGGAGCACGGUAAGACAAAGAACCCAUUCCCAAAUGUCGACUCGUCAUCCGGUGUUCUCUUCUACCACUACGGUUUGACCGAGUUGCUCUUCUUCACCGUCAUCUUUGGUGGUUCCAGAUCCAUGGGUCCAUUGGCCCAGUUGGUUUGGGAUAGAAUCUACGGUUUGCCAAUCGAGAGACCAAAGAGUGUCACCUUGGAGAUGCUCCAAGGCUUGAAAUAA